AGCAAUUUGUAUGACAAAGAUGGAAUGAGGGAGCCAGUGGGCUAGUACCCCACAAUAUGAGGUAGCAGUUCAUUUCUUACCUCCUUGUUAAAUGCGGAUAAUCAACGAUAAUCAACACAAAUGAUAUUCACAUGUGUGUUUGUGGUCCAAGUUGAAAUUCUAAUGAGUUAUUUUAAAUAUGAAAUAAAUCAUGUUAAAAAGUAAAAUAUUUAUCUUAUAUGCACGAGAAUUUCUCACAAAACUUAGUCACUGUUUUGGAUAAAAAAAAGAAGUUGAUAAUUGAAUUGAAUAAUGAAAUGAAGAAUCUUCCCAAUCUAUAUAAGAAAUAAUGGCGUAGUGAUUAAGCAAAUUAAGAGCAUAGUAAGCAAAGGAAUGGGCGUUCUUUUUUCUAGCACCCUGGAGGAGGAGAGUCCUGACGUGAAAGCGUUCCACUCCGCGGAGCGCUGGGAGAGCUACUUGGAAAAGAUCAAAGAGUCCCCUAAGCUAAUAAAUAAAAAUCAGGUUGUGAUAUAUUUCACGGCGUCCUGGUGUGGCCCUUGCAAAUUCAUCACUCCAGUGUUUAACCACAUGGCCGCAGAGUUUGCAAACGCUGACUUCGUCAAGAUCGACGUGGACGAAUUAUCUGGUGUGGCGAAGGAGUUUAAGGUGGAGGCGAUGCCGACGUUCGUGUUGUGGAAGGAAGGAAAGGAAGUUGAGAGGGUUGUGGGAGCCAAUAAGGACGAGCUCCAGAACAAGAUUAAGAAACAUUAUCAAUUGUGAAAACAUGGAAUCAAUCAACACAUAUGCUAGUAAUCUUUUAGCUAUUCAAACCAACCUAUGUAUGUAUGUGUGUAUGUAUCUUUCGUUUCAAGGGAAAAUAAAAAUAAAAACCAGAGUUUAUGCCUAUAAGGCUUGUGUUGAUGAUGAUGUUAUAAAAUUUAAACUCAUUGGCUGUAUGUAUGUUUCUUCCCCAAGAUGAUGUCUGUUUCAAUUAUAUAUAGUAUAUUGUAUUUGAAAA